AUGCCUCUCCUCCUCUUCCUUAAGCCGGUGUCCUCUUUCCUCGCUCAAGGACGGUGGAGAUGCUCGUAUGUCUGGGUUUCAAGUCGCCUUCGUCGUCGGCUCGAUGCUCCGCCGUGGUGCUCUGUAGCAGAUUGUUUUCAAGUCGCCUUCGUCGUCGCCUUCUUGGUCUCUCUCUUUGGGCAUUGGAAUUUUGAGAACGAUUCCUUCAUCGAUUUGAGAUCCCCUUUUCAAGCUUCCUCCGAUUUGCUCGAGUUUGCUGCUGCUUUGUACUGUUUCGAUACUAUCUCCAAUCUGGUUCCGGUCAUGGCUGCUUGUGUCUCUUCUUCUUUGACUGGAUUUAGCUCUGGUCAGUAA